ACAAGCAUCCAAAACAUUGGUGCAGAAGCUUUGGUGAUGGAGAAGAAUACAGGCGGAUGCUACAUGGCCGUAGUUAGUCUGCUAGAGGAGCUGCAGCAGCACCUUUCCCCUAACAAUCUCAUCUCUCCCUUCAGCAAGAGGGAGAUUCACAUUCUGCACGAUGCAGUCACUUCUAUGCACUCGCUCCUCACUCAUUCUUCGGGACUCACUUACAAUUAUCACCUCAUCAAUCAAAUCUCCGAGAACAGGAUCCUGUCUUUGGCUCAAAAUGCUAGCAAAUAUCUCGACUUUUGGACGGUGAAAUUGAAUUUGUGGAACUUGUUCAAACCCAUAAGAGAAAUCCCUAGCCUCGCUGAAAUCACUCAAGAGAUGAUCGCCAUCAACCACGAGCUUAACAUAUUUCAUCACUCCUCUUCUACAGGAGCAGAUAAUCCUUCAUCUUGGUUGAUUCCAUUGACAACAACUGUAAAUCCAGAAGCCAAAAUGAUUGGUCUUGAAAAUGAGUUUGUAGCAAUGUUGGACUGUCUAACUGGACAUCCAUCCAAGCUAAAAGUUUUCCCAAUCAUCGGUAUGGCUGGGGUUGGCAAGACUACUUUCUCCAACAAACUGUAUCAUAAUCCUCUUGUGGUUCACCACUUCUACAUUCGUGCGUGGGUAACUGUCUCACAGCAAUACCAAGUCAGAAAAAUCUUGUUGACAAUUCUAAAUUGCGUUGCCAAUGAAGAUUCAUUUGAUUUGCAAGGGAGGAGCGAGGAGGAACUAGAAGAAAAGGUAUAUAGGAUUUUAAAGCAGAAGAGGUAUCUCCUGGUAUUAGAUGAUAUGUGGGAUACUAAAGCUUGGGAUGAAUUAAAGAGAGUAUUUCCUGAUGAUAAGAAUGGUAGUAGAAUUAUUCUUACAAGUCGGCUUCAAGAAGUAGCUGUUCAUGCAAGUGAAGACACUCCUGCCCACUGCCUGCGUUGCUUGAGUAUGCAUGAAAGUUGGGAGCUUCUAAGCUCAAAGAUCUUUGUGGGUGGUGAAUCCUGCCCUCAGGAUAUGGUGGAGGUUGGAAAGCAAAUAGCCUAUAAAUGCCAUGGUCUGCCACUAACAAUAGUUGUUUUAGGAGGGCUUCUGUCAAAGAUGAACAAGAAAAUAGAUGUUUGGGAAUCAGUUGCCCAAAGUGUGCGGUCACUGGUGAUGGAAGAAGCAGACCAGUGUCGACAGACUCAACACAUACUUGCUUUGAGUUACAACCAUUUGCCUGAUUCCUUGAAACCAUGCUUCCUUUACAUGGGUAUGUUCCCUGAGGAUUAUGAAAUAUCAGUAAAGAAAUUGACAUGGUUGUGGGUUGCGGAAGGAUUUAUCCGGUCUACUACUCAUAAGAGCUUGGAAGAAAUUGCUGAGGAUUAUUUGGCAGACCUUAUAGCUAGAAGUUUAAUUUUGGUCAAAAGGAGAAGUUCUCGUGGUACUGUCAAGACUUGCUACAUCCAUGAUCUGAUGAGAGAACUCUGCCUGAGAGAGUCCCAGAAGCACAAUUUUCUUCAUGCAAUCAACGGCUGUGGACAACUGCGACUGCAUGUUGAGGAUAUGUCUGGUGUUGAUCUCCCUCCAGACUUUGGAGAAGUUCCCCCACCUUACCUUCAUGAUCUGCAGAGACUCUCCUUCCACUCCAGCAUCCAUGAGUAUAGCAAUAAAGCAUCAUUCCCUUACACCCGUUCUCUAAUGAGCUUCGAGAAACUAUCAGUAUCAGGUCAUCGACGUUUCUUAGGCAUGUCGUUUAAGCUACUAAAAGUGUUGAACAUAGUUAACACAAAUCUAAUGGAGCUUCCAGGAGAAAUAAUGAUGCUAACUCGGUUGAAGUUUUUGGCACUCACUAUCCAAAGUUCCUUAGAUAUACGGAACUUAAGUGAAUUCCGCCUCCUGCAGACCCUUUUCAUUGAUUGUGAAUGGGACGGCUAUUUAAUCCGAACAUUCUGGGACAUGCUGGAGUUAAGACAUUUUCAUAUGAAGAGAAGUUGUCAGUCUUAUUUAUCUACUUAUUCUCUAUUAUCUCAGUCACAGCUACCCCUAGUGUCUGCAGUAAUAGAAUCACUUCUACCACUAAGGUUGCUUAACAAUUUGUCAACAGUAUCCACAGUACGGCCUAUCAGUUGUACUGAGAAAAUGUUGAGAUCCAUGCCCCAUUUAAAGAGCUUGGGAGUGUAUGAAAGCGAAGAAGACUACCAGUUUCGUGGCUGGUUCGAAAGGCUUGUCCUCUUACCAGAACUUGAGAAGCUCAAGUAUGUCUUUAGCAAUCCAUUUGUCAGUUCAUCUCUCAAACCGGGCCGCCUUCCACCGUGGCAGAGUCUUCCCCCAAAUCUAGUGAAGCUGACAUUGAGUGGCACCUCCUUGCCAUGGGACGAUAUGUCCAAGCUCAGUAUGCUACCCAAACUAGAGGUGCUUAAACUAAAAAAUUAUGCCUUCUCGGGAACAGUAUGGAAUUCCUGGACGGGUGGUUUUUGUUGUCUCAAGUUCCUGCUGAUUGGCAGCACAAAUCUAGAGAUAUGGGAGACUGAUGGAAAUCAUUUCCCAAAUCUUCGUCAGCUUGUUCUAAGGCAUUGCCGGUUUUUAGAAGAGAUCCCUUAUGGAAUUGGUGAAUCACCUCUGUUGGAGACCAUUGAACUGCAUCGGUGCAAGAAUUCUGCUGUUAUAUCUGCAAGGAGCUUGCAAGAAGAGCAACAGAGUUUGGGAAAUGAUGGACUCACUAUUUACAUCACGGAAGGCUAAGUUUUGGUCUCUAAAAUCAUAUGGAGAAGGAAUAAGGUAGGCUUUUUCUUGUAUCCAGACAAUAUCAAAAUUAUUAUAUAAGUUAUGUAAAGAGUCGACGACGAGCUGAUUAUCUACUUGAUUAUUUGCAUUUUUGUUCAUUUAAAUGCAAAUUAUAUUAAAAUCACGACACUCAUGUAUUGUUUACGUACCACAUGGAGGACACAGUGCAUUCCAGUUGAUUUGCAUAAGUUUAAUGCUAGUAGUUUUAAUUUUAACUA